GGCGGCGCUCAGCUGCAAAGUGGCAUCUGAAAAGCAUAUUCUUUACCCACACAACUGAGGACAGGCGAACGAAAUUUCUCCGCGGCCGAUCGAUAGCGCACAUGUUGACGGUUGGUAGAUGUGAUUCCGCGCCGCUGGAAUUGACCGGUCCACUGCUUUUCUCAUAAUAGACCCUCAGAUUAUAGAGUUUUAUGUAGAUCACGUACACGGCAUCGCUACCUAGUGGACAAAAUUGCCAACACUGAGGGACUUUUAUAAGAGUUUUCCAGUUUCUUAAAAUGGCUAAUCCUCUCCCGGGCUCUUGAUUUUUCCUUGCCUCUCAAGCCAUUCCCUCCAAUCUCCAUACUCUCGCUCCUUGAUCUAAAGUUUUCACUGUCGACCUCGCCGCUUUCGCCGUCCACUGGUUGUGUAAAGUAAUAUAGCUUUUGCUCGCGGAAAUAAAGACGUUGACUGGUGAGUCUGGCUUCUUGAAACUCGCAAGUCCCAUAAGAUUUAUUGCUCCUUCGACGACGUUCCCUUCCUGUUGGAUUGGAAGUUACGACAUUUUUUUGAUCGGAAGCAACAACGGGAGCUCGCUUGCUGUGAAGCUUGCCUUGUGACAAAGGGAGGAACGCCAUUGAAGAGGUGACAUUCCGAAUGGCUAAUGUUACCUCUUCUUACAUUCAGGGUACAACUUUCAUCAGAGGGUAUUGCUGCUUGAAAGAAGUCACAGGAUUGAGGUUCUUCUCCCAACCGGCUGUUUGUUGGAAAGCUUCAAAAUUUACACCGACCACCAUCAGAAGUGGCCCUGUUCCAGCAUUGUUCGGAGACGGUGUCAAGGCUAGGAAUGAUGGCAUUUUAUCCUAUUCCAUGGAUACAAUUAAUGGUCAGGAUAAUGUUUUAACAAAAAAAGGAGCCAGUAAUGGCACUGCUAUAACUGAUGGGUUUUUUGAGUGCCAAGAUGAACAAGAUUUAGACUGUCCUACUAAAGGGUUUUCCCCGGUCUCAGAGGCUAUUAAUGAUAUCCGUCAAGGAAAGCUUGUAAUUGUGGUUGAUGAUGAAGAUAGAGAAAAUGAAGGAGAUCUUAUAAUGGCAGCUUCUAAGGCUACACCAGAAGCUAUGGCUUUUAUUGUAAGGCAUGGGACUGGAAUUGUGUGCGUUAGCAUGAAAGGAGAAGACCUUGAGAGGCUGCAACUUCCACAAAUGGUCAUGAACAGAGAUAAUGAGGAGAAACUUCGUACAGCUUUUACUGUUUCAGUGGAUGCAAAAGAGGGCACGACCACGGGUGUUUCUGCCAAAGAUAGAGCAACAACCAUUUUGGCUCUUGCAUCUCCUAACUCCAAGUCUGAAGACUUUAACCGUCCUGGCCAUAUUUUUCCAUUGAAGUAUAGGGAGGGUGGCGUGCUUAAAAGAGCUGGGCACACGGAAGCCUCUGUUGAUCUUGCCAUACUGGCUGGAUUGUCACCUGCUGCUGUUUUGUGUGAAAUUGUUGAUGAUGAUGGUUCCAUGGCACGCUUACCAAAGCUGCGCGAAUUUGCUCAAAAGGAGAAUUUGAAAAUCAUCUCAAUUGCGGACUUGAUUAGGUAUAGGAGGAAGAGAGAUAAAUUGGUUGAGCGUGCUUCUGUUGCCCGCUUACCUUUAUCAUGGGGUACAUUCCAGGCCUAUUGCUAUAGGUCUUUGGUGGAUGGGAUAGAGCAUAUUGCCAUGGUCAAAGGUGAUAUCGGUGAUGGACAAGACAUAUUGGUGAGGGUGCAUUCUGAGUGUCUCACUGGCGACAUAUUUGGAUCGGCCAGAUGUGAUUGUGGUUCCCAGUUAGAAAUGGCCAUGAAGCAGAUUGAAAAAGCUGGCAGGGGUGUGCUGGUUUACCUUCGUGGGCAUGAGGGAAGGGGCAUUGGCUUAGGCCAUAAGCUCCGUGCUUAUAACUUGCAGGAUAAUGGGCGUGAUACAGUGGAAGCCAACGAGGAAUUAGGUUUGCCAGUUGAUUCGCGGGAAUAUGGCAUUGGUGCACAGAUACUACAAGAUCUUGGUGUCCGCACAAUGAGGUUGAUGACCAAUAACCCUGCCAAGUACAGCGGCUUGAAAGGUUAUGGCUUGAGCAUUAGUGAGAAGGUUACUCUGCCAACCCUUAUUACAAAAGAGAACAAAAGGUACUUGGAGACUAAGCGGAUAAAGAUGGGGCAUGUCUAUGGAUCUGAAUUCAAUGGCCAAUUGAGUGAUUUGAUCAGUGAUGUGGAAGACGUUAGCAAUCAGCAGCAAACCUCUUGAUGCCAAUAACUGGAAUCAUAUUGUAAUUUCUGUUUAGUAUUUGGAGUCAGCUGUGCGCUAUAGAAUGAUUUUAUGUUCUCUUUUUGGCCUUAGGGAAUGCGCCUCAGUGUGUGUGCUUAUUCUUUGAACUUCUGAGAGCAGCAAACAUUUAUUCAACAUAGCUUGUGAUUUUCACCUU